AUGGAAAAGAUGAAGAUUAUAAUUUUGUCUUCAAGGACUCUGGCUCAGGUAGGCUCAGAGCGGCUGUGCCCUGGCUCAGCUCUCCGCUCUCCUCUCUCCACUUCCUCAGUGGUGCUGAUCGGCGAGUCAGGCGUGGGCAAGACCAAUCUGCUGUCCCGGUUCACCCGCAAUGAGUUCAGCCACGACAGCCGUACCACCAUCGGGGUUGAGUUCUCCACCCGCACUGUAAUGCUGGGCACCGCUGCUGUCAAGGCGCAGAUCUGGGACACAGCUGGCCUGGAGCGAUACAGAGCCAUCACCUCUGCGUACUACCGAGGAGCAGUCGGGGCACUCCUGGUAUUUGACCUAACGAAGCACCAGACCUAUGCUGUUGUGGAGCGCUGGCUAAAGGAGCUCUACGACCAUGCUGAAGCCACUAUUGUUGUCAUGCUUGUGGGGAACAAAAGUGACCUCAGCCAGGCCCGGGAGGUGCCUACAGAGGAGGCCUGCAUGUUUGCUGAAAACAAUGGUCUGCUGUUCCUGGAGACCUCUGCCCUGGACUCCACCAAUGUUGAGCUAGCCUUUCAGACUGUCCUCAAAGAGAUCUUUGCAAAGGUGUCCAAGCAAAGGCAGAAUAGCACCCGGGCCAACGCCAUCACCCUGGGCAAUGCUGAAGCUGGACAGGAUUCUGGCCCUGGGGAGAAGAGGGCUUGCUGCAUCAACCUCUGACUUCAGCCAUGGUCAACCCUGUGUCCCUGUCUUUAUCCGUCGGGUGCCCCCCCCCCUUAUUGCAGGACUUCUCCCUACCCUCGAGUCCCUGUUCACAAGCACCCAGGGGCACCCAUGCCCUACCACAUGUCUCUAUCAUCUGUCCACACCCCUCACAGGCCAGGGCCCUCAAAUAAAGCUGUUUUGUAUCAUG